AUGGGUCAUACUGCAGAGUUCUUGGCUGCUAAUGAGACAGAAAUCUCAUCUGUUCUUUCAGGCGGUUACAAUCAUCCACUAUUAAGAGAAUGGCAGAAUGAAAGAUCAUUAAAUAAGAAUAUGUUUAUCUUCCCAUUAUUUGUUAGUGAUGAUCCGGAUGAAGAGAAGCCCAUUGAGUCCUUGCCAAAUAUUAAACGUUUUGGUAUCAAUAAAUUGGCAGCUUAUCUGAAAACCUUAGUUACCAAAGGCCUUCGUUCUGUGCUUUUGUUUGGAGUUCCUUUGAAGCCUGGUUGUAAAGAUGAAGUUGGAACCGCUGCUGAUGAUCCAGAGGGACCUGUAAUUCAGGCAAUUAAGCUGCUUCGCCGGGAUUUUCCUGAAUUAUAUAUUCUGUGUGAUGUUUGUUUAUGUGAGUACACUUCUCAUGGCCAUUGUGGUGUUCUAUUCGACGAUGGCACCAUCAAUAGGGAAUUGUCAGUCCGUCGGAUUGCUGCAGUAGCUGUCAAUUAUGCCAAGGCAGGGGCGCAUUGUGUAGCUCCAAGUGAUAUGAUUGAUGGCAGAAUCAAAGAAAUUAAGUUGGGUUUAAUACAGGCUCGUCUAGCGCACAAGACAUUUGUUAUGAGCUACGCUGCGAAAUUUAGCGGCAACCUGUAUGGUCCAUUCCGUGAUGCAGCAUGUUCCAUGCCAUCAUAUGGUGACCGUAAGUGUUACCAGUUACCAUUGGGAGGUCGUGGCUUGGCUAGACGUGCUUUAAGACGAGAUUUGGGAGAAGGUGCAGAUGGAAUAAUUGUUAAGCCUUCCACGUUUUAUUUGGAUAUUAUGGCAGAUGCUUCAGAAAUUGCGAAAGAUGUUCCAAUAUGCGCUUACCAUGUUUCUGGUGAGUAUGCAAUGUUACACGCAGGCGCUAAAGCUGGUGUAGUGGAUCUCAAAUCCAUUGCCUUUGAGUCUCAUCAAGGCUUUUUGAGAGCUGGUGCCAGGUUAAUCAUUAGUUAUAUGACUCCUGAAUUCUUAGACUGGUUAAGUUGA